UACAGUCAAAAAACUACGCGCAAACCAGAAGUCGAACUAUAAAGUCAGAUAUUAUUACAAAAGCGGAACCAAGAAAACAUCAAGUGCAACCACAAAGGUUUAUGCAAUGCCUGACAGCGUAUACCCCAAAAACCCUCUUCCGACCCCACCUACUCUCUCGAGUUCAGACUGGCAGAGAAACUUCACGCAGUUCGCUCUUUCGCUUUCUCUGAUUUCUUUAAGGCGUAAUUUAGCUUUUCUGUAGCUCAUCUCUGCUGUAUAGACUUCGAUUUGUGUCUGUUACAUGUCGCGUUGAUUUCUGAGGAGUUUGUGAAGGGUUUAAAGUCGCAGAGAUGAGUGAAGCAGAAGACAAUGACAUUCUUGAGCUGGACUCAGAAGCAGAGGACGGAGACAUAGAGAUGACAGAUUUGGUUUAUUCUGAAGAGUUGCCAACAUACAAAUCUAUGCCAAAAGGUCAAGCUGUGCCAAAAGUGGAACGGGCUGAAUUCAAUGGUAACCCUGAUUCACUAUUUUUCAACGAUGGAAAGAGAAGGAUUGACUUUGUUUUGGUGUAUGAGUCUAAAAAUGUAUCUGAGAAAAAACGCUCAGUUAUGAGGAGAAGAAUGAGACGCAGAGAGCUCUUUGAAGGAAGCCUGAUGAAUAUGGGUGUGGAAUUGGAGGCGACACAAUCCGUAAUGGACGAGAAGCUCGUCUAUGUGAAAGUGCACAUGCCUUUUGAGGUUUUGUGCACUUACGCUGAAGUCCUGCACAUCAAACUGCCCAUUCAGGCCAACGAUCUGGCUCAACAGUCGGCUGCGUACAACUGCUUCACGCACCACUUCUACCCCAGCGAGGACGUCAUCGCCAAGGAGCCCGACUACUUCACGGCUCCUUUCAGGAAGGACCAGCUCAAGUGUUUUUGCAUGAAGGAUAGAGAGCAGUUCUUCACGCCGGCCAUGAGAAGCAGAAUGGCCUACUACAUCCUCUGCCGAGCGCCGUAUGACAUUAAAGGAAACGUGAAGAAGUUUGGUAUCAGUAAGCUGCUGGAUGGAGGCGUGUACAAGGCUGCGUAUCCCUUACAUGAUUGCAGAUUUAAUGUGAAAUCUAAAGAGCCGGAUUGCCCUAACGAGCGCUUUCUGCUGUAUAAUGAGUGGGCUCAUCCCAAGAGCUUCUAUAAGAUGCAGCCGCUGGAUCUGAUCAGGAAGUAUUUUGGUGAAAAGGUCGGCAUCUAUUUUGCCUGGUUGGGUUUCUACACGGUCAUGUUGACUCUUGCUGCUGCAGUCGGACUGGGUUGUUUCAUAUACGGAUACACGACUAGAGAGAGCAGCACAUGGAGCAAAGAGGUGUGUGACCCUCAGAUUGGUGGAGAAAUCGUUAUGUGUCCGCAGUGUGAUAAAAUAUGUCCAUACUGGAGGCUGAACACCACGUGUGAGUCAUCUAAAAGACUGUGUAUAUUCGAUAACUAUGGGACAUUAGUGUUUGCAAUCUUCAUGUCUGUUUGGGUGACUCUGUUUCUGGAGUUCUGGAAGCGCUAUCAGGCCGAACUGGAGCACGACUGGGACACGGUGGAGUUUCUUCAGCAGGAGGAACAGCCUCGACCCGAAUACGAGGCCAAAUGCACCUAUGAGAGAGUGAACCCUGUUACACAGGAGAAGGAGAAGGUGCACUUUGCGGCCUGCGGGAAGUGCAUGAGAGUGUCGUGUGGCAUCAGCACUGUGUUAUUCUGGGUUCUGUUGAUCAUAGCGUCGGUGGUCGGUGUGAUCGUGUAUCGCCUGUCGAUGUUCAUCAAUUUUUCUGCGAAGCUGCGCUCUGAUCUGAAGUAUACUAAGGAGCUGGAGCCAUUCAAAGAGUAUGUCACCCCUCAGAUGGCCACGUCCAUCACGGCCUCCAUCAUCAGCUUCAUCAUCAUCAUGAUUCUUAACAAUGUCUAUGAGAAAGUGGCCAUCUGGAUCACAGACUUCGAGCUGCCGCGGACCAAAACAGAGUACGAGAACAGCCUGACGCUGAAGAUGUUCCUCUUUCAGUUUGUGAACUAUUACUCGUCCUGCUUCUACAUCGCUUUCUUCAAAGGGAAGGUGGUGGGCUAUCCGGGGCAGCCCGUCUACUGGUUUGGUAUGUUCCGCAACGAGGAGUGUGAUCCCGGUGGCUGUCUGACCGAACUGACCACACAGCUGUCCAUCAUUAUGACAGGAAAGGCCAUCUGGAACAACAUACAGGAGGUCCUACUGCCGUGGGUGAAGAAUCUGAUAUUUCGUCAUUGCACCCAGGUGGGUUCAGAGAAAGUGAUUCCUCGCUGGGAACAGGACUAUCAGCUCCAGUCCAUAGGAAAGCUUGGCUUGUUUUAUGAAUAUCUGGAGAUGGUGAUCCAGUUUGGUUUUGUGACUCUGUUUGUGGCGUCCUUCCCAUUGGCUCCUCUCCUGGCUCUGUUUAACAACCUGUGUGAAAUCCGCGUGGACGCCUGGAAGAUCACGACUCAGUUUCGUCGGGUCGUUCCAGAAAAGGCCCAGGACAUCGGCGCCUGGCAGCCCAUCCUGCAGGGGGUGGCGAUUCUAGCGGUGGCCACAAACGCUGCCAUCAUUGCCUUCACCUCUGACAUGAUCCCUCGGCUGGUUUACUACUGGGCGCUUUCUGUCAGUCCUUAUUCAGAUGGCUCUUACCACACGAUGACAGGCUUCAUCAACAGCUCGCUGUCCGUCUUCGACAUUGACCACUUCAAUUCUAACAGCAGACCGGAGGAAAGCAUCAAGCCAUACUGGUUCAGAAACAUUACUACAUGCAGAUAUCGUGAUUUCAGGAAUCCUCCCAGUCAUACCAAUCAAUAUGAGCACAACAUAUAUUAUUGGCACGUUAUUGCUGCCAAACUGGCUUUUAUGAUUGUGGUUGAACACAUUGUUUAUUUCACCAAGUUCAUGCUGUCUUACAUGAUCCCGGAUGUGCCGGAAGCUCUGAAGGAGCAGAUCAAAAGAGAGCGUUACCUGACGCAGGUCAUCCUGCAUGAAACCAACAUCAAACAGUUUAAGGAGCUCAUGAAACCUGUCACUGAUAAUCUGCUACUCGAGAUUGAAGAACCAGAGUUGGAUCUGAAACUGUGAAGCCUUAAAAUGCCAACUCACACCUGAAACGACAUCCGUCGCCUGAACCACAGCCCAUAUCAGACUUAAACCUCAAACACAACCGAGAAUGUUUGCAUAUUCAUUUUCAUUUUAGCAGCCACUGAUGGUGUCUGAAUGAGGAUAUUCACUUGCUGCAGAGAAAACGGGAGCAGGAUGUUUAACCACUAAGUUUAAUAUUUUCAGAAAUUGCUCUUUAUGGGAUAUAAGCUUCAGUUUGUUGUGGAUGGCCACUAAAAAUCUACAGGCUCUGACAAUCUGUUCAAUGCAUAUUGUUAAAUAUUAUAUAUUAUCAAAACCAGAUAAACCACUUUUUAUUGAACUAUUGUGCAUAAUCUGGUAAAACGAUUAAAGAUAUUUUUAUUAUAAGUAUUAUGCUGACAAAUAAUUUUUUGUGGAGUUUAUAUAAAACAAGCAGAGCACUUAAUUAGUUUUUAAUCAACCUAUACUAACAAAAAAUGUAACCAUGUUUUUUGGACAAUCAUGUACUAUGGUAUUUGUUUAGCUGAAUGUGGUGUUUAUAAUUAAGGUUUAUUGUGGUAAUAAGGUAUUACUUUGGAUAGUAUCAUUGUACCAUGGUACAGUUGCACAUAAUAAUAUGAGCAUAAGAUGCCAUAAAUUAAGUUUUUUAUUAAUAUUGUUUUGGGUCAGCUGACAUCAUGCUCUGUAUGUUUGUGAAUAUUACCAGUGUUUUUUUUUUUUUUACCAAUUUGUAAAAUACAAUGUUUACAUAUACAAGUACAUGUUAUUUGCACAUAUCGACCUCAACAUUUUUAUAUAAAACAAUAAAUAUUUGAUGAUGUA